AAGGGAGUAAUACAUUCCAAGAGAUUUUUUUUCCUCUCUCAUCUCAAAAAUAAAACAUUGCAGUGGCUAUUUUAGAGUACUGAUUUACACAGGUGUCUUAACUGUCUUAGCCCUUCUCUAUAGCUAUUGAUAUUUGGAACUGAAAAGGAGUUUGGAUUGCCAGCUGACAUAUAAAUCAGCUUGAUAUGCAGAAAUCUUUUUUUUAACCACAUACAGGUCAAGUUAUUUGAUUCCCACAGGUAAACUGCUCUUUCAAUACACUGCAGAAAAAGUUAAUAAAAUGUUGAAAAUAUAGCAUUAUCAGUAAGAUAAAUUUGUGCAUAAAUUAGUUGCUAUAAAUAUGAUUCCCAUUCUGUCUCCCAGGAUCAGUGCACUGUGUACUGGCACUGUUGUUUAAGAAAUUUGGAAGGGCGAUUCCAAUAAAAUGAGAUGCGUAUUCACAGGAUUUCCUUGCUGCCCCAGAUACAGACUUUGAGUGACUCACUAUAAAAAUAGAGAAACACAUAAAGCAGCAUUUCAGCAUAAAAUCCAAUGAAGUUAAAAUUACAGCAACUACAUAGAUACAUUUUAGGUGAUUGGAAAUGCCCAACAGGGAGGCGGAUUUAAGAUGGGAUUAGAUUUGCAUUGUUGCACAGCCACUAGAGCAGGGGUCCCUAACCCCAAUCCAUGGACCAGCACUGAGCCACAGCAUGGCAGAAAUCGGGCUGCAAAGAAAGCGGGGUACAGGCAGCAUGGAAAAACCUCCAUGGAACUGGUCCCUAGUGCCCAAAAGAUUGGGUGAGGUUGCACUAGAGAACCAGGACUGACACCACUACGCCCCUCCCAGGUUCCAUGGAAUCUUAUCUAUCAGUUCCCAAGAGAAGGCAAGCAAUCUGAGGAGAUUACUGUAUAAUAGGCAGAAUAUAAUAAAGUAGUUAGCUUGAACUCUACAUGUGUGGAUUCGGCUGCUUGCACUUGACAGCAUUGUAUCUAACAACCGCUUUGUAAAUCUGGCCGAGAAGGAUCCCAUUCCUCAAAAAAUGGGCAGUUAUCUUAUUCUUCCUUAGAGCUACAGCAGCAUCCCUUCUCAGUAUGGGCAGAAUCAAAAAGUACACUGUCACGAAGGUAAUAAGGAUACAAGCCAUAAACCACAGGUAUAGGUCAUCCCCAGCAUUUUGUACUUUGAAAGCUUUUAAUAACUAGUGUCAUAUCAUAGCAUAGCUGCUACUUUGCUAAAAUAAUUUUCAUCCAUAGACAGAUUUUUAAACAAUUGUAAUUUCCCUACAUUUUAAAGAUCAGCUCCAAGUAGAACACAUUAUAGUAAUCAAGUGUGAACUGAUAAGGCUUUGAUUGACUGUUAUGCAGGUCUCACAUUCCACAAGCAAAGAUGGUUGGUGUACCAAAUGAAACUCGGUAAAGGUCUUGCUGUCCAUGUUUGUAUUUGCUUUCAAACAGGAUCUUGAUUCCAGGAGAAACCCAGUGUUCCAUCUGAUGGAGUUUGACCCAAUCUAAAAUCAGUGUUGAAACUGACAUGAAGCCAGAUGACUUCUGGACCUACGGCUAUUUUUUUUUUUUUUUUGGCUUGUGAUUUAAAUUGAAUCUGUUUCAUUCCAUUGAGUCCCUCACAGCUUCCAUACACCAGAUUGGGAUUCUCACUGGGGCUCCUGCUCAACCCAGAAGUAGAGCUGCAUAUCUGGCAAUAGUUGCCUGUUCUUUUUCUGAUAUUUCCAAUAAAAACCCCUAGGAGACUGAGCUAAUACAAUGCAAUGUCCAUUUCCUUGGCUUCCAAGGGUUCAAAAGAAUGCCAGGUGACUUCACAAGAGAUUGCCUCAGUCACCUCAUUGGUUUCUGCCCAUGAUGUGUCCAAUUCACAUGAGCAAUUUUAUCCAGAAAAUGCCUAGUAAGUCACAGUGGCUUGUAAAUCUGCUAGUAGAUUCUAAGAUGCUGUAAGAAUAUUACUCUUAAUUCUAAUUCCUCCCAUUCCAUGUGUCAAUGUUUGUCAUAGCUCCCUUUUUAAAAAUUUCUUCCUAGUUUCCUUUUCCUUUUCUUCUUUUAUGCUUCCAUGUUUCAUAUAUUCCUAUGUUCAUUUCUGCACAUUCUGUUCUCCCAAAGAAAUCAGAAAUAGCAAUGAAGUAUCCAUAAAGUAUCUAGCUUCUCACACAGCCUCUUUCAUUCUGAAAACAAUGUUCUUCGGGCCCACAUUUUCAGAAAGAGCUGAUUACAGUCCAGCCGUUGGAAUAAAUGUUGUCUUAAGGAAAUGCCACACUUUUUUUUCUUUCACAUUAUAGAGUAAGAUAUAGAGUAAGAUACACCAUGCUAGGAUGUGGUUUUAGGAUGAGAACUGGCAGAUGACUUGACAGUGAGAGAACAGCGGAAAUACUUUAAGCUAGAAUAAUGAAAAUUGACAAGCAGGAGUCCUUCAGCUGUUCCUCUUUCUUCCCCCAAUCCUCUGUUGCCAAGAAACAGCCUGCUUUCUUCUUUUUCUUCUCUCUCUCUCAAACCAUUAUUUAUCUCUGUCAUGGUCUCCCAAAAGUAGUUUCUUAACUAAAAAUCUCCCAGCGGUUUCAACUUUCCUUGUAAAGUAGAUAGAACAAUCUCCUGGUUGUUUUUGAUUGUUCCUUUUUGCAUUUUAACAGUCAUAUAGCAUUCUAUUUAUAUAACAAAAAUCAGAUUGUCAAAACUGAAAUAAAAUACUGUACAUAAAAUGUACGUUUCUAGCUCUAUCUAGUGACCAUCCCACUAGAAAUAAUUCUAGUAAUUAUUUUUUUUUUCCUGUUAAUUGGUUAAAGAAAAGUUUUUUCCUUUUAAAGCUCUGAAACGUCAUCUACAACCUCCCUUCAUUUUGCGUUUGCCACUAUACGUGAACUCAUUGAAGAAAGGAUCCCUUUGGCCUCUCUGAUGUAUUUAUAUAAAGGCAGCGUAGAGGGAAGGAGAUUGGUUCCUCCGGCUUGCUUUCUGACCUUGGGGGUUACCAAGUCUGACAUUCCUGUGAGAUCACAUGGCAAGGAUUGGCGGGCACAGCUGUCCCCAAUGGAAGGGAGGGGCUUGGGAGGGUCCAUUCCGAUUGAAUUUCACUCCAGCCACUUAGGCUCUUUCCUGCUUUCCUCACUGUGCUUUUCUUGUCUUCCACUUUGCUUGUGGCCUGGGUUGUAGAAAGCUCUGGUAGGAUAGCAGCACCGAGGAUGCUAUUCUAGAAGAUCAGGGUGGUUGCUUUAACAUUUGGGUGGGCCUUUCUUUCUCAUCUCCGAUUGACAUUCCUCCAGGCUGAGCCAUCUGAGAUUCCGGUGGGCCCUGAGCUUUGGCACUAUGCAGUCCAUCCUCCUGUUUUAGCACCAACUUCACUGUAAUUGUUUCUUUUAGCCCAUCUAAACAGCCACUCCGACAGGUCUGCUCUUCCGACAAGUUGGUAUAUGCAGCUCCGGAGCACAAAGAAGAUGGGACAGGACCAGACCAAGCAGCAGAUAGAAAAAGGACUCCAACUGUAUCAGUCCAGUCAGACAGAAAAGGCCCUUCAAGUCUGGUUGCGGGUUUUGGAAAAGAGCACAGAUGCAGCUGGCAGGUUUCGAGUUCUGGGAUGCCUCAUCACUGCUCAUUCGGAGAUGGGCCGGUACAAAGAUAUGUUAAAGUUUGCAGUCAUGCAGAUUGACACUGCCCGAGAACUGGAGGAUCCUGACUACCUUACUGAGAGCUACCUGAAUUUGGCACGGAGCAACGAGAAGCUUUGCGAAUUCCCCAAAACCAUCUCCUAUUGUAAGACCUGCCUGAACAUGCGAGGUACAACAUUGGGCCUGCAACUAAAUGGCCAAGUCAACCUCAGCAUGGGCAAUGCCUACCUUGGCCUCAGUGUCUUCCAAAAAGCUCUGGAGUGUUUUGAGAAAGCUCUACGAUAUGCACACAACAAUGAUGACAAGAUGCUUGAGUGUCGCGUCUGUUGCAGCCUAGGAAAUUUCUACACACACCUCAAAGAUUAUGAAAAAGCUCUGUUUUUCCCAUGCAAGGCAGCAGAACUGGUGAAUGAUUAUGGAAAGGGCUGGAGUUUAAAGUACCGAGCAAUGAGCCAGUUCUACAUGGCCGUAGCUUAUCGAAAGCUGGGGCGCUUGCCAGAUGCUAUGGAAUGCUGUGAGGAGUCAAUGAAGACUGCCCUUCAGCAUGGAGAUCGUCCUUUGCAAGCACAGUGCCUGCUCUGCUUUGCUGAUAUCCACCGCAGCCGUGCAGAUGUACAGACAGCUUUUCCCCGCUAUGAUUCCUCCAUGAGCAUCAUGACUGAGAUUGGAAACCGUCUGGGACAAGUUCAGGUGCUGCUUGGUGUAGCCAAGUGCUGGUUGAUGCAAAAGGACCUCGACAAGGCAUUAGAAAAUAUUGAGAGGGCUCAUGAGCUGGCAGAGGGACUAGGAAACAAACUUUGCCUGCUGAAGGUUCAUUGCCUCUGUGAAGGGAUCUAUCGCACAAAGGGUCAGCAGAGGGAACUUCGUAAUCACGUGGUGAAGUUCCACGAAUGUGUUGAGGAAAUGGAACUCUACUGUGGCAUGUGUGGUGAAUCCAUUGGUGACAGGAACCACCAGCUCCAGGCAUUGCCCUGUUCCCACGUUUUCCAUUUAAAGUGCCUGCAAACUAAUGGAACACGAGGUUGCCCCAACUGCCGGCGUUCAUCAGUUAAACCAGGGUUUGUGUGAUCUGCUGAUGAACUGUUGACCUAAGAGAAUUCAUCCAGUAGGUGUGAAAAGAUGGAGCACUGGACCAGUUCUGUUACAUGAUCUAGAGAUGAAACCCAUCAUAUAGAUACAAAAUCUCCUACAGAAUUGGUGGCAAAUGAAGACCUAGAUCUUUGUCAUGACUUUUCACACAUCUGACUUUUCACACCUCUUCCAGGAAUUCUGUGUUAUCUCCUUUUUCAAAGGAGAGACAAUAAGCCACCUUCGCUCCUUCAACAACGUGUUAACUUGACCUUCCAAAAUCUCAAUUUGAUUUUAAUUUUGUGCUUCUUUUGAUAGCUUCCUUCAGGGCCAACUCUGACACUCAUACUUCACUUUUUAUUCAUUCCUCAUGGGAAGCAUACUGAUCCUGCCUACAUACAUAAUGCUUCUUGGACUGGCACAGUAUUGCUUUCUUGUAGGCAUGGUGACAGCUACUCUUUUCCAGACAUUGUUUGAAGUUACUUCAACUUAACAUUCUGACUGAUGUUUUUCGUAAUUUAUAUUGGUACCUAACAGCUGUUAAUGCUUUAAAACAACUGUUAAGCCAUUCAUAAUACGUCUUUUUCCAUUUGCAAAGAAUAUUUCCCAACUUGAUGCUCUCCAAAUGAUUUCCAGAAUUUUUGGGUAGCCUGGGAAUUAUGGGAUUGAAAGUCCAAAUUGUCUGGAAGGAGCCAAAUUGGGCAAUUUUAUGUCAGUCAAGAGACUGUGAUGUCCCACCUGCCUCUCUGCAAUGUAACUCUUUCAGUAUGUCUCUAUUUUCAGUGUAUAGGCUCCUUCAGUUCUUCUGAAAGUAUCUGAUACCUUUAGUUUGCCUACAUUCUCACAGAACAUUCAAUUUCUGCAUGGGACUGGGGGGGUGGGGGGAGCCUUGUAGUGUCCCAGGGAAUGUUUCUUGCCUUUGUGUUCCUUUCCUAUCAUCUUGUAAUGUUACAUGGGCAGUGAUCGGUCCAAUCAUGGAAUUGUCAGCAAUAUAUUUAUACUUUCUGUAACUGUUUAUACUGGAAUAAAUAAAAUCAUAGCCUAGAAGUGA